AUGUGUCAGAGUAAUCUUCAAGUCUCCACCUCAUGUGGCCACCAGCAAAAAGUCCACCCCCUCCAGCAUUGCAAGUCCUAUUCUCACACGCGAAAUCGCUGUGACGGCACCGUCUCCGUUCUCCAUACAACCACAAUCAACGCCGCCCCCACCCUCUGCGUGCGCUGCGCCUCUCGCAUCGAAGCGAACAUAGUCCGAGAGCUGGACCAAAUUACCACGGAACUAGAAUCAAAUAUCGCAGAGAUCAACCACGGUUUGUGGGUCGAGAGAAAUCGUCCUUUUAUUUAUGUCGCGUCGAUAUUCGAGCGAGCGAGGCUGAGGGAGGCGUUGAAGGGGUUCCGGGAGGCGAUGGAGGAAGAGUUGGUGGAGUUGAGAGAAACGCAUGGUAUGGGUCGGUGGGAUCGAGUUGCUGACCUUCGGGGAUGA